GUCGCCGCGACGUCAUCUACAAAAUACUUCAAUGAAAAUUGUUGUAUCGCCAGUAGAGUGAAGAAAAUAAAAACGGUGCUGUGAAUAAUAAUAAAAAUAAAUAUGACAAGUGUACAACCAAAUAAAAGCGAAAAAGAAUUCAUAAUUCAACGUGUGGAAGGUCUUCUUCAAGCAUGGAAUCCAGCGUCGGAAUAGCAUUCGGCCGAGAUGUCUUCUACCGCUGGAGAAGACGUCGAAGAUAUGGGAUCAGCGGAUCCGAAUCCACUUCGUAACGGUUGCGACGACAUCUGGACUUGGGAUAGAAGAGAAAAAAGCCCCGAAGUAAGACUACAUGGACCAGGCCUUCGUAUCGCUCAUUUUCAUCCCAAUUGGAGUAGUGGUACGGCUGGAGUGAGAGGCACCAAGGUACUUAACAACGGACGCUAUUUCUGGGAAUUACAUCUGUCGAGAAGAAUUUUCGGUACCAGUAUGAUGUUCGGAAUAGGUACAAAAAAGGCACGGCUACACGCAGAUUCAUUCACCAAUCUUCUAGGAAAAGAUAACCAAGGUUGGGGAUUAUCCCACAAAGGUCUUCUAUGGCAUAGCGGUAGAUGGACACAUUACACCAAGCCUUUCCGAGAGAACGUUCCCACGAAAAUAGGUAUUCUCUUUGAUGGGAUAGCAGGCACAGUAACUUAUUAUAAAGACGAAAAAUGCCUCGGUAUCGCCUUCAGAGGUCUAAACGAAAUAAAAGAACCGCUUUACCCGGUAAUUUGUUCAACGGCAGCAAAGACUGAAAUGCUUCUAGAUUCUAUGAAACGGGACUUUGUCAAUCUACAAGAUCGAUGUAGAGCUGUUAUAAUUAAGCGAGUUAAGAAUAAAGAAGAUUUGGAAAAAUUAUUUUUACCACCGCAGGUCAGACGAUAUCUUUCUGAAGGUAUUCCAGAGAUUGCGCAACCGUUCAAACCAGUUAAUAUAAAUAAGGAAGAUACUGAUCUUUAAUUUUAUUUCCCAUUGACGAUUUAGUUAAUUCAACGACUGUAAUUUAUCUUUUUCAUUCGACGAUAGCCUUUUAUUAACACCAAAAAUGAGUUUCCUUUAAAGUAAUUUAAAACACACGGUGGUUCCGCUGUCAAAUACUGCACUUUUGGUUGAUGGUUCGCCGUUCAAAAAUGUCAUGUCCGAUGGGAGCCCUUCAGGAGACAUUAUUUGAAGAUUUUGUGAAAAUUAGAUUUGUCUUAACUGAUUAAUGUUGAUUCGGGGAAUCGAAAUUUGAUAUCACUGAUGAUAAUCAGUAAAAUCGUCGAUUAACACAACUGCCGUAUUCCUCAGACACCCAAUUGAUAGCUCAAAUUAUGAAAGGAGCCUUCACGUGGUUUUUCGGUGACUUCCAAUGUGAUUUUGGAAUCUAUUUCGUUGAAGCUCGGGUUUAUUCACCAAAAAAGAUUUUGGAAUGCUAUUGAGUGAUCUAAUCUGCAUAAUUCAAGUUAAGAACGUAAUUUUUUUCUUUAGAAAGCGUUUCUUCAAUGAGCUGCAAUUCCUGAACCUUCAGUAAUAUUUAUACUGAAUCACUACUACACCGGUGAUUCCCAAUGUGGUGCAGGUGUUAUCCAGGAGGCUCUUCAAUAGAAGUUUUCUUGAAUUUCCAUAGUCAGAUCUCACAAUUGUAUUGUCUAACGAACUUUUCGAUAACCAAGUUUUUAUCUUCAGUGGUAGAAGUGUCUUGUUUAUGAUUAUAAUGGGAUUAUCGACGUUAUUUUUGCUCUAAGUGAAAAAAAAAGUAGAGGACGGUAUUUUUUUGAAACCCGGGUUGAAAUUCCAAGUUCAAACUAUUUUCUUUGCACAUUUUGGUGCUUCUAAUUUUGUUACCGAUGUAGAACCUUUGGCUGUGUUGCUUCUUUUUCCAAUUUUGAUUUAUUUUUAACUCAAAUGACAUCAUUUUCGUUGAAUGAAUCUGGGUAUCGAGGAAAUAGACUUUCUAAACUUAAAAAUUAGAAGUUAGGAUAGACUACGCUCAGGGGUGUCAUCAAAUAGUCAAUUUUUAGUCGGCACCAAUAGUAUCUUGAAAUAAGAAGGCGCUCAGGAAGCCUAAUUUGUGUAUUCUGUGAUAUCUUCAACUUCAAUUUCCAUACAAUCGUUUGCUUGUUCUUUUACAAUGAAAAAUCUCCGGCCAGUUUGGAUGUGUGUACCAUGACGAAAAACAGAGAUGCUUCAUAAGUCUCAAUAAGAAGACUCAAAAUAACAUAAUAGUGAAGUUUACAAGACGAGAUAUGUCUAUGGAGUGUGUACAGCCAUAGAUAAAACAGUAAAGGGUUUGAGCUGAUUGUUUUUUUUUCAUACUAUUAAAAUAAUUUUGUUCCUUUGGUAUUUUUUUGUUACCACAUUUACUUUUUUCUCGUUGGGGGUUUUAAUAUUUGAAACAAAAAUUUUAAAUAUACAUUUUUCGAAUUUAUAUUCAAUUUGGAAACACUCAAUAUUGUAGUGAUGUAAAAGGCUAUCUAAGUUGUACUUGUUUUCGUCAAAUAUGUUUAUGCAAUGAUAUUAUCGUAUUAAGGUUAUUUUUUGUGUUAUAUUUGAAGGCUUUCGUAUAGAAAAAAACCAUGAAUGUUGAAGAAAUUGUUUUUAGAGAAAAAUGAGACUAAGGAAUGCUGAUAUAUUUAGGAACUUAAGAUAAAUCGUAUCAGAACAUUCGAUUUUCAGUCACGAUAGAACAUACUUGUUAAUGUUUUCACAAUUUUUAAUACCUUGACUACCAAUAUCCAUCGUUUCCUUCUUUCGCCUUCUGUUAUGGCCUACUCAAUGUAAGGAAUGGUCUUAAAACAUUGCAGAACAUAUUAUCUUCAGGCCAGAAGCCCCACGGUACUAGAUAUGGUGAGUUUUAACAGACAAAAAUACUUUAAUCAUCCAAAAACUUGCAUUUGAAUAGCAAAUAUUGACCCGGUGCGUUUUUCAGUUGUCUUUAAUGGAAGAUUUGUUCAUAAACUUUCGAAUCCUUUAUUGAAUUCGUAGUUUGUGCUAUUAAAAUGAGGUAAUAUCUCUUUUUGACGUCGAAGGACGUUUCAUUUCUUGUCCUAAAUCUGAAUGACUUAUUUCGUUCUUAGAAUCGUUCAUGAAAAUCUUCAAAUUCACAACAUUAUCGUUAUGAACUUUACGCGAACUUCUGAUGAUGAUUUGUUCAAGAUCCAUAUUUCACGACACCUUUUAAUUUGAUCUUACACCGUAUAUUUAAGCGGAAUAUUCGUAAUCAUUGUUGAUAUCCAUACUGAAUACCAGCACUCACUAUAAAACUGUCUAAUACGUAAUAAUUGUGAGUGUUGGAGUAGUGGUAGUGUAAUUCGGAUCGUGUGAUAGGCCCUUUAUAUUUAAUGUGAGAAAUUGAUUUCGUUUUGUAUUGAUGGUUUUAAAAAUAGUGAAGACUUCCUUGAAUAUUGAAAUUUUUGUUCUAUGAGUGGAUGAGAUGGUCCCAAAAGAACCUAACCCAACAAAGAAAACACAAAAAUUUUGAAAAAAAAUAUAUUCAUUUUCCUUUUAGCUCCAUACACUUUUCCCAUCGAUGUUCAAUAAGUUCGAUACUCUUUUUAUAAUAAGAAUCGUCAAGGUCUUCAAAAUAGUCAUUAACUACCGAAAUCACAUCUCCCUUUGACCACCGAAUUAUUUAUUCAAGUCUAGGUACAGAAAAUAAUCCGAGGGAAACAAAUCUGGCGAAUAGGGUGCAUGAUGUAGCAUUUCAAACUUUAAUUCAUUCAUUUUGGUCGUGCUGGUCUUCACAAGUCGUACGUCCUCGUUUAAACUUAUCUACCCAAUAUUUUAUUGUUGUUUACAAAUUCGCUGAUAGCUAACAAACAAAUUAUAAACAACGUGACGUCUUCAAACUGUAUAGAAUGUGUUCUUUCUAAUAUAUUGUUAUAUUUCAAGCAACUACCGCCAUCUCUAGGUCAAGUCAGGUACUUCUGGGACCUUCCUCGUUUAUUCAAUUAAUUUUAAACUGAAAUGUUUCUUAUACAUUUUAAGAAAUGAUAUUUAUUUGUAAUAUGAAGAAUAUAUUAUUCUAAUUAUUAUUAUUUCAUUAACAAACGAUAUUUGUAUAAACUCUGAACAGGAAAUGAUAGCCAGUGGUGAAAUGUUACCUUAACCUCACAUUUGUAAAAUACUAAUAUAUAAAAUUUGUGUGCCGCCCUGUAUUUAUAUAAUUAUAGGAUGGUUAAACAUGAUUCAAUUUUAAGAUACUUGUACUUACAUUUGCACAAAGUGUGUAUUUUUGGCCAAUUUGUGCAAUAGAAAUUGUAAAUAGAAUAUUUGAUGUCUGAUACGUCUAAAGCUAAAUAAAUUAAGUCUUUUAACAUAAUAUUAUCAAUCAUAUAAACUUUAUAUAACAAGGCAAACUUUUAAUUUAUAUUCUUUGAUUUAAUUUGAGAAAAUAUUGAUUUUUGUUCACCCAGUACACGAUUAUCUAUGGAUAAUAUCUUUUGAGCUAAAUUAAACGUAUUAGAAUCAAUUGAUAAUUGUUUAAACUCACACUGUAUAUAGAAAUUUUAGUUGGAAUGGCUUGUGAAAUAUAUAUAUAUAUAUAUAUAUAUA